GCACAAGUGACAACUCUGAAACCAAUCCAUAAACAAAAAAAUUUUGUGUAAACUAAAAACAAAAAGCGGAAGUUGAAAAACAACACUUUAGCGUAUAAUUUGGCCCCUUAUGAUUUGUUAAGUUUCUGUUUUGGAAAAUGAGAUGCUGAGAUAGCCCUGAACAGGUACUUCAUAUACUUCGAGCCCCACAAAACCAACGACGCAUUUAAUCAAUGUUCUCCAACGGAUUGCCGUGCAAUCUGUCGUUUCCGAGCUGUCUCAGUGUACCAAAAGACGAGAUCGGUAAUGAAGAGCUCCUGCCAUCCAAUAUGGGUACUCGCGAGCCUGUUAUACUCAAUGUCUACGAUAUGUACUGGAUCAACGAGUACACCACCUCAAUCGGACUGGGCGUAUUUCACUCCGGCGUAGAAGCCUUUGGCACCGAAUUCGCAUACGGCGGACAUCCAUUUCCGUUUACGGGGGUAUUCGAGAUCUCACCGCGGGAUCACGACGAGUUGGGCGAUCAGUUCCAGUUCCGGCAGAGCAUCCAAAUCGGCUGCACCGACUUCACGUACGAGGAGGUGCGACGAAUCGUCGAGGAGCUGGGCAAUCAGUUCCGAGGCGACCGAUAUCAUCUCAUGAACAACAAUUGCAACCACUUCUCGGGCUCAUUAACUCAGAUACUUUGCGGCCAAGAAAUACCCAGCUGGGUCAAUCGUCUAGCGCAUUUCAGCUCCUGUGUGCCAUUUCUACAAAGAUGUCUGCCAAAAGAAUGGCUGACACCGAAUGCCUUGCAGCAAAGCAUUACCACAAUCCAAGAGCGCGAAGACUCCGACAACAGUCCCCUUUGAGACGUUACCUGACCGAAAAUAUGUCACUUGGCGACACACAAGCGAUCAUUGUUCACAUCCAACAACAGUCCUGAGACCAACAUUGUUAAGUUACGCAGAGCAAAAAAGCCGGGUUACUCAUGUCAUAUAAAUUUCCAAGCCAACAGCGCCCCCUAAAUAGAAAGCAACAACUAUUAUUAAUAGACUUAAAUUAGGCGAUAUACAUAUACAUACUUACAUAGAACAUACCUACAUUGAGACAUACUUAUACAUACAUGCGAAGUGACUAAAUUAUUGGCUAUUGUAAUUUGUAUUUGUAAUAUGACUACUCAGAAUUAAGAUAUUAUUAAGUGGCCGAUAAAUUUAAGUAGCAGGCGCCGUUCAGCAGCAGUGUCAUUUAUAGAAUUUUAAAUUAACUACGAAGACAUCGAGAAAUCAUCAUUAGGCACUUGCUAAAAUUGUACUAACAAUACCGCAGACAUAUUGGUGAACGAUAUCAAAAUGUUGCCCAAUUUACUUGUUUACUUUUGUCAGCGGUGGGGAUUUGGUUUUUUUGAAUUCCCACCAAACAUCGGAGCUCGAUUAUUGAGAUGAUUUCCUGGUUGAUUUCGUUUACACAAUUUUACAGAGUUCAUAAGCCGCAUGUCUAUCAAAACACCAAAAUGAUCUGUUAUCAAUAAAUAUAUGUACUUGACAUUCUGAUAUUUACACAUGCAUAAAUACUAUUAUUAAA